AGUACAAACAACCAGCUUCUCAAGCUUAGAGCUGUUUUCUUCUCAAAUCAAUUAGUUAUCAUCCAUCGAAGAAGGAUAUUUUCCUCACCACACACCAACGUCAGCACCAUCGACUGCAACAACCACCAGUGUGUUCUUUUCCAGUGUUCUAGCCAGAAACAGAAACCAAUAGCAAUCAUGAAGGCCUUCGCCGUCGUCGCAUUCGUCUCGCUGGCCGCUCUGGUCGCAGCCGAGCCACCGUCGCCAUACAGCAACUACCAACAGGGCGGUUCCAAUGGGAAUAACGGUUACAACUAUAACGCAAACAGCAACGGCUAUCCAUCUGCCCCAUCCGCCCAGUACGGAGCCCCAACGGGAGCUGGGGCUGGCGGUGCCGCCGGUUACAACUAUGCCGAUGCUAACGCCAACGCUGAACCCGCCAAGUACAACUUCGAGUACAACGUUCAGGACUUCCAAUCAGGCAACGAUUUCGGACACAUGGAAUCUCGCGAUGGAGACCGCACCGUUGGCCGCUACUACGUCCUGCUUCCCGAUGGCCGCAAGCAAGUUGUGAACUACGAAGCCGACCAGAACGGAUACCGCCCAACCAUCUCCUACGAAGACACCGGUGCCGCUGCCGGAGGAUACCCAAACAGCCAGGGCCAGCAGGGUGGAUUCCAGGGAUACUAAGGUAUGCGCCGACGAAAGAUCGAAUCGAUUGACAAGCACUCACAAAACCCACUCAAGUUAUUAGGAACGAAUUUAAACUCUAGUUAAUUUUUUAUAGUGAAUUAUACUCACUCUUCCUACACUUAUUUCAAUCUAUACUACCAGCCUACCGCCUGGUAGAUGGCCAGUAUUUGCAAACUUCCUUACAAAUUUCCUAAACAACAAAAAACUAUUUUACUUCAUAAGUAGUUUAGACACCACUGCUCCAUCUGUGAGCAAGCACCAAAACUUCAUCCAAAACAAAAAAAAAACAAUUUUGACCAAUGGCAUCGAACACUGGAAAAACGAUUUCAAAACGAACACAAACGUAUUAAAAAUUAUACAAAUUUUUAUUUGCUUAUUAUGAAAUAAGAAAAUGCGAACUGCUUUUAUAAGAAUCAUCUUCGCGAUGCGCAACCACGCUUCCGAAGUGCAAAGAAUCUAAAAAAAACCCAGUCAGUCCAACGAUUGACGACCAAAAAAACAUAUGUUGUAAACAAAACAAACAUAUCUUAGUAUAAUUUUGCAAGCAAGUAGAAAAAAAAAUGUGUGAGGAAAACGAUGAUAAACUGCCAUAAAAUGAACAUCAACAGCAAAACAAAAACAUUAAAGAAAAGUGUCAUCGGCUGUAAAAAAAAACAAAAACACCCAACAACCCAGCGAUGACACUUGAAGCUAGCAAACGACAACAGCAACAUCAGCAACCUAGAAGAAAACCUCUGUAAAUAAGUAAGCGUUAUUUGUACAUUUAUUGUUUAAUUUUCUUUCUUUUGUAACGUAAUGUUGUCAAAACGAAGUUAAGAAAAAUAAAAACACAUGCGAAGGCAACACGAUCGGCACUCCCAGCUACCUUGGCGUGUACCACCGUGUGAUGGUCAAUGUUGUUUGGUGGCUGGUACGGUGCUUAAACGGAGCACCGGCUCAACCAUGACCACGACGACAACGACCAGCACCGGAUGGAUAUGAGGCAGCUCGGGAGUGGUUGAUUAUUUGCUUCCGAUAAAUGAAAA